AUGCGAAGAGGGAAAGGCUUGGGUUUGCAAAUACAGUGCUACCAGUGUGAGGAGUUCCAGCUAAAUAAUGACUGCUCCGCUCCCGAGUUCAUCGUGAAUUGUACAGUGAAUGUUCAAGAUAUGUGUCAGAAGGAAGUAAUGGAAAAAAGUUUUGGAAUCAUGUAUCGCAAAUCCUGCGCCUCUUCAGCAGCGUGUCUGAUAGCCUCUGCUGGGUACCAGUCCUUUUGUUCUCCAGGGAAGGUGAACUCUGUUUGUAUCAGCUGCUGCAACACUCCACUCUGCAAUGGACCCCGGCCGAAGAAGAGGGGGAAUUCUGGCGUGGUGCUGAGGGCACACGUGAUAACCACUGUUCUGCUCCUUACAUUGGCUCUGUGGGUUUUGUAUUGCUAA